CAGCAGUCUUUCUCUUUAGCGCGCUCACAAACUGAAGACUUUAUUACAAGAAAUUUUUAUUUCGGCAAUUGAGUCAAAAGCAGCCAAAACCAAACCAUCUGGUCUUCCGACAAACAGAAACGGGAUUAUGGAAGGAACGAAAGGAAAGAAGCGACCAGCCGAGAACUCAACCGCAGGAAGGAAGGCCAAACAACAGAAAGUUGAAAACACUAAGGGGAAAAAGAAUAAGAAAGAAAAGCCGGCAGUCAAGAGAGCGUCUUCAGCCUACAUCUACUUUUCCAAGGACUUUCGCACCAAACUGAAGGAGAAGUGCGAGAAGACGGGAGAUACAAUUCCUAAAGUGAACGAAGUMGCAAAGCUUGCAGGCGAAGAAUGGAGGAAGUUGUCAGCAGAAGAUAAAAAACCGUUCGACGAAUUAGCUAGGAAAGACAGAGAACGGUAUCAAAAAGAGACUGGCAAGAAUGUUACCAAAGAUUCCGACAAACCAAAAAGAAACCCAACUGCAUACUUCAUUUUCCUGUCUGAGUUUAGAAAGAAGAUGGCCAACCAGAAGCUGCCUGAUGGUCAAAAAAUCCCAUCACUUGCUGGAGAGAAAUGGAGAACCAUGACUGACAAAGAAAAAGAACCUUAUCUCAAGGAAGAGGCCAAAGAAAAAGCUAAAUAUGAAGAGGCCAUGAAAGAGUAUAGGAAAAAGGCCAAGGAUGCACCAAAACCUGAGAAGAAAGUAAAACCAAAAAAGAAGCCUGAACCAGAAGAAGAGGAGGAGGAAGAGGACGAAGAAGAGGAGGAGGAAGAGGAUGAUGAUGAUGAUGAUGCUGAGGAAGAAGAUGAUGAUGAUGAUGAUGAUGAUGAGUAAAGUUGGAACUGAACAUCAUUAUGUUUCAUAGAUUUUGAAGCUAUUUCUAUACAAUCUGAGCUCCUAUGAUUUUCUUGACAGUUUUACCUUAUGUACUGAUAUUAGAGCAGCUUUUUACAUAAAAGCCGGCCAGCUUGUGCCUUAACAAUACUCUUCAGGAAAAGCACUUUUUAAAAACUUUUUUUAUGAAACAAAGAGUAUUGCUAAGGMACAGAUAGUUCUGUAUGAUAUUACUAGUUCUUUUACUGUAGUAAUGGUCUUUCUGUGUCUAACACAAUGUGCCGUAGUCUUGGCUAACUUUCUUUGUAUUUAAGAAUGUUUCUACUCAAUAUCAUUUUGAGUUUAUACUCAAAUGAAUGUUGUAUUCUGUCGUGUCAUUUCCAUUGUGGAACAURCAGAAAGAACCAUAACAGCAAGUUUUUGAUUUAGAUUAUGAAAGCAAAACAUUGGUUGUCUGCCUUUUGAAUCUCAGUUUUACAAAAUCAGAUACAACCAAGUAUUUGUGUUAGCAUUAUAAAGUUGUUUUGACUGUAUGAAAUUUGCAUGAAAGUUAGAAGUGUCCUUUUUUUUAGGAUGCUUCAAGUUUUUGCAGUCAAUACUAUUUUUGGUCUGAGAGACAAAUGAGAUUUUUCAUAAAUUAAUGGAACAUUUCACUUGUAUAAUGAAGGUUACCAUUUUGAGUUUUUUGAUGUUUAAAGACAUCACUAAAUACCUUGUGUAAGUAUUGUAUUCAUACGCAUAUCKGUAAUGUGUAUUGCAGUUGUUCAGACAAUUAAAAAAUUGUGUUUG